GGCUGGCAACCUCCCCAUUCCCAGCCCCAGGUCCCCCUAACCCGAUGGAGACGCCUCCGAGGCUGUGCUGGAAAGGGCGAGUCACUGGAUACCUCUCGCCGAGCUGGAGGUGACGUGGAUGCCCAGAGUCGCAGUGCGUUCGGUUUCCCAGGCCCAGACCAUCGAGGGCCGCUGGGGCCUGGGCCAGGUCUCCCUCCACCCGCUGCAGCCAGGAUGCUCCCAAGCCCCAUAACCUCGACGCCCUUCUCAGUCCGAGACAUCCUGAGUCGUGAACAGGAGCUGCGCUACCAGCAGCGCAACUGCACAUUGUUCCCGGACUCCAACGCGCAAAGGGCCCAGGACUCCCAACUGUCUCCUGGGGCAGAGGAUCCAUCCGAGAGCCCCAAGGUAGCAGCCUCCAGCCACGGUCCUCCAAGUGCUGGUCGCUGCUGGCCCAGAGGCACAAGCAAGGAAGAAUUCGAGGAGCUGGGGAGCCGCUGUGAUACCAUCCUCGGGGUGACCGUGGAGCCGGCAGGGAUGACAAGGCAAGGCCGGGACUGGGAGAAGGAGGCAGAAGCCCGCAGCAGCAGCAGCUCGGGCUGCCCCAGCGGCCCCUCAGCUGAGCGCUCCAAGACUCGCCCUCGACGGAAGCCCCGCGUCCUCUUCUCUCAGGUGCAGGUGUUCGAACUGGAGCGCCGCUUCAGGCAGCAGAGGUACCUGUCUGCGCCCGAGCGCGAGCAUCUGGCCCGCGCGCUGCAGCUCACCUCCACGCAGGUGAAGAUCUGGUUUCAAAACCGCCGCUACAAGUGCAAGAGACAACGGCAGGACGCGUCCCUGGAGCUGGCCGGCCAGCCGCCCCCGUCACUGUCUGCGCGCAGGGUGGCGGUGCCGGUGCUGGUCCGGGACGGCAGACCCUGCAUGCGAGGGGGCGGCCAGCCCUACAGCGCACCUUACAACCCCUAUCCCUGCUACGGCGCUCCUUACAGCGCUGUUCCAGCCUCCAACUACCCAUCCGCGGGCCCCUGCGCCAACCUGAGCUUUGGCAUGGUACAUCAAUCGGCCCAGAGCGCCCAGGGACAACUGCAAGUCACGCCGCAGGGUGUCAGGGCCUGGUGAGGCCCGACGCCGCGAUCCUGCACACACUUCCUUCCGGUUCUGCUGAGGACUCCGGGAGGUUUCUCGAUUGCUCGGGACUCUCUCCUCCUUCGCCUACAGUGCACAUAAACUGACUCCUUCAAGGAUUCCUGGACAAUCCCACUCUCCAGGAGGCUCUGCCCACUCCAUUCUUGGUUUGUUUCACUUCUUGACGCCAUGGGCAGAGAGCAAGCAGCCCAGAUUUUUAAAGAUGGAUAUAAAGGAAUAAAUGGUUGCACUAGGAAGAAUUGCAGACAUGAAGAAUUCAUAGGAAAUGGGGAAGAUUUGAAUGGACUGAUGUAGAAUGAAGUGAGCAAAAGCAGGAAAGCAAUAUGUGGACAUGGAUUAGAAUGAUGCAAAGAUGAACAAAAUCGAAAGGUCCUGGAACUCUGACCAACAUUGAUCAGUCUUGGCUCUCAUGGAUGAUGAAUGAUGAAAAUGCCUCCCUUUUCUCAGCAGCUCUAGGUAAUGAAUGAAGCCUAUGUGUUCAGACAAAGCCAGAACAUACAUUUGUUUUGCUUAACUGUAUUUCUUUGUUGUGAGGGAAGGAUCUUUGGGGGUGGCUGAGGAAGCAGUGACAGCAAUGUAAAAA